UCAUCGUCAUUUGUUCGUCGCCAUUGUUCUUUCGUCGUCGUUGCUGUCGUUGAAAAUCAUCGAACGAAAAAAUAAAAGUUACAGCAUUCAAUUGCAAUAUUUCUUAAUAGAAAACAAAUUGUUAAAAGGCAAGGAAAAGUCCAAAAUAUUAAACAGUAAGCAAAAAUAUUAGCAGCCGUUUGUUUCAAAGGAAAAAAAAAACAAAUAUAACUCUUCGUUGAAGUGAGAUACAGCAGUGGAAAGUGUGGCUCGGCUGAAGAAAAAAAUCAUUUGAUUAGCGCAGUAGAAGAAAAAAAACAACAGCUCGAAUUCGUCUACGAGCAGAAUAUUUGAAAACGUUUUAGGUUUUCCCGAAAAAGCAGCUAUGAAUCCAGAAUAUGAUUACUUGUUCAAAUUAUUGCUUAUCGGCGACUCGGGCGUAGGGAAAUCGUGCCUUCUCUUGCGAUUUGCCGACGACACAUAUACAGAGAGCUAUAUUAGCACAAUCGGAGUGGAUUUCAAAAUUAGAACCAUAGAAUUGGACGGAAAAACUAUAAAGUUGCAAAUCUGGGAUACCGCUGGACAGGAGCGUUUCCGUACAAUCACUUCAUCGUACUAUCGUGGUGCUCACGGUAUUAUUGUCGUCUACGAUUGCACAGACCAAGAGUCUUUUAACAACGUAAAACAAUGGUUAGAGGAAAUCGAACGAUAUGCUUGCGAAAAUGUGAACAAGUUGUUGGUAGGCAACAAGUGUGAUUUGACUACGAAGAAAGUCGUCGAUACAACAACAGCUGCGGAAUAUGCAAACCAAUUAGGCAUUCCAUUCCUUGAAACAUCAGCCAAAAACGCAACGAACGUUGAGCAAGCUUUCUUGACGAUGGCUGCCGAGAUAAAGAAUCGUGUUGGGCCGCCUUCAAGUGCCACUGAGAACGCCAGUAAAGUUAAAAUCGAUCAAGGACGUCCAGUGGAAAACACCAAAUCCGGUUGCUGCUGAAUAACUCCGAUUGUGAAAGCAUAUACACACAUUAUUUUAUUAUACUAAAAACAAAAAAAAUUGAAAAUAAAAAAAAUCACAACAAAGAUGGUGAUGAUAAAGAAGCAAAGGAUUAUGCUGUAGUAAUAAUGAUGAUAAUCUAUGGUAACGAUAAUGACACGCAUGUUAAGGGAACACAAUUUAUGUUGAUAACAACAGAGCAACAACAACAAUGAUUCAUAAGAUAUAAAAAAUCAAAUUUUUUUAAAUACAUACUUAACAAGAAAGAGUAAUGUUAUGACGGCGAACCUAUAAAAAAAAAAAACCACAACAAACUGCGCGGAAAAAACUUUAAGUAAGAUACUUGUAACUAAUGUUUAAAUGAAACCUAAAUGUAAACAAAAGCGUAAAUAACGAAGAAAUGAAAAAAUAGAUGCGGGAAGAAAGCAAAAGUGUGAGCGUAUCGUAGUAAUGGAGAUACGAUGUAGUGUCUUUUCGGGCGUCGGAAAAUUCCCUACCAUUUUAUAAUUAUUAAAAAUCCAUAGUAUAUACAAAUUUGUGUUUAUUAGUCAAUUUGGUGGUCCAGCUAACCACUAAUGGUGCAUGGACAACCAAAUUGCUGGAAAUAUUAGUUUAUUACCUUAAAUAAAAGUACAUACGACAUACGCAAUUUAAAUGAAA